AUGGCUCCUGAUACGCUAUUAAACAAAUAUAUUUCCAAAUUUCAAAAGAUUAAUGAUAAGCUGCUCGGACUUGUAAAUAAGUAUAGAUACGCUUACUUUAAAGCAUUGGAGGUUAUAAAUCAUUAUGAGGAGCUUGUCAAAAGAAAUGGUGAGCUUUUCGAUGAUAAAGAAUUAAUCGAGAUUUAUAAAAAAAGAAGACAAUGUGAAGAAUGCAUACUCGAAGAAGAAAAAGAGAUCAGAAAAAAAUUAGAUAGGGAAAAGGAUAAUAAUAUCAUGUCUACUAAUUAUACAAAAGAUUAUAAUAUAAAUAUUGAGAGAGAUAAUUUAAAAGAGGAAAAUGUUCAUGUUGUUAUGAAUGAUGAAUCUGUGGAACAAAUUAAAGAUAACAAUCCUAUGAUUGAUCAUAAUACAUCAUGUAUUGUAGAUAUAAAUGAAAAGAAUAAAUCUAAUUAUGUAGAUUUGGGUACUCUAGAUUUCAGUGCAUAUAAAGAAGAUUCACAAGGAUGUAUUCAAUAUUAUGAAAAUAAGGAAGACGUCCAAGAGCAAAAACAGGGUAAGUCUCAAGAAGUAGAAUCGAAGAGACAUAUGAGAGUAAAUUCAUCAAGAUAUGAAAGUCAAUAUGGUAUAAAAAAUAGAAACAUUUUAAAACAAUCAAUAUAUGUUAAACAAAAUAAUAAUAGUAAUAAUAUGAAAAGUGUUUCAGGUUCGAGGUAUGUUCCAAAUAAAAGUGUCAUAAAUAUUGAUAAAAGUUUUAAAGUAACACAUAAUAGAAAUUAUGAAAAUUUAAGUAAAAAAAGUAUAUAUAAUAAUAACAAUAUUAAUAAUAAUAACAAUAUUAAUAAUAAUAAUAAUAAUAAUAAUAGUAAUAAUAAUAAUUUGGUGAAUAAAAUUGGUGUAGGUGGUAUUAAUAAAAAAGGUGGUGAGAAAAAAAUGGAUGUUCAUAAAAGUACAUAUAUAGGAAGUAAUAAUAAAUUAUUAAACAAUAUGAAUAGAAGUAUAUAUAUAGGCGCGAAAAAAAAUAUAAACAGUAACAAUAUUAAUAUUAAUAAGAAUAGUAAUAUACAUAAUAAUAUUCAUAAUUUUAAAAACCCUUAUGAUAAUAAUACAUCACUAUUAUCUACUCAUAUGAACACAGUGGUUAUAAAUAAAGAAAAAGAUAUGAAUGAUACAGGAAAUAAUAAAAAUGUAACUAAUGCAUAUACACAAAAUAGUUUAUAUAUAAAAAAAGGCAAAUCAUUUAAUGUUUCAAAUAAUAGCCUAUAUAUAAAUAAAAAUAUAUGUCAAAGUAGUGUAUAUAAUAAAAGUAAUACUAUUAUAUAUAACGCAAAGAAGAGGAAAACCAAUGAAAAGGAGAAGGAAGAAGAUAAAGAUGGAUAUAAAAAUAAUGAAAUUGUUUGUACAAAUAAAAAUAAAGAAUCUAAUGAAGAUAAUAAUUCUGAUGAAAGAAAUAAAAAUAAGCAUUUGACAAAUAAUAUAAUUAAUAAAGAAAAUAACAAAAUAUAUAUAAAAAAUGAUAUUUCAAAAAAUAUAUCUUAUAUAUAUGAUAAUCUAAAUACUUAUAUACCUAUAACAUUAGAGCAUAUUAAAAAUUUAAUUGAAUGGGAUGAUGCUGAUUAUGAGGAUAUUAAGAAGUAUACAUUUGGUAAUAUACUUCAUUUGAAGGAUACAAAUUAUAAUAUAUUAGAAGGAAUCGAUUUAGAAUGUGAUAAAACAAAAUGUAUGGAAAAAAUUUGCGAAAAAACAAAUGAAGACGUACCUACUUAUAAAAAUAUGUAUCCAAUAUAUAAAGGAGAUAAUAUGAAAGGCGAAUUAUAUAUAAAAGAUGAAAAAUGUAAUAUACAAAAUAUAAAUAACAAAAGUGAUGAUAAAAAAAAAUGUUAUCUUACAAAAUAUAAAAAUGUACAUAUAUACAAAAGUGACAUUUCUUCUUGUCCAAAUGAAUAUAAAAAUAAUGUAGAUGAAUCUAAUGAACAACAAGAAGAUUCAUUUGUAAGAGAAAGGGAUAAUGCAAAUUUGGAUGGAAGUAACCAAGUUCAUAUUAAAAAAAUAAAUGAUAAUAAUAGUAAUAUGUCCACGGAAUAUACAUGUGAACAGAUUUCUUUGAAAAAUAACAAAAAUGAUGGCGAAAGGAAUCAUGUAAAUAAAUUAAUAAUAGAUAAGGUACCUAUUAAUAAGUUAAUUAAAGAGCCUAGUGAUGAUAUAAGUUUGAAGUAUAAAAAUAUAAUAUUCAAUAUAAAUGAUGAAAUAAAAAAAAAAGUAAACAAAGAGAAAAAUGAAGAAAUAAACGAACAUGUAGAAUCAUUAAGUAAAGUAUGUAAUAAACCACGUAAUAUUAAAAAUGUUCCUUUCCCAUCUUCUCUAAAAAAAAAUAUAUUAUUAGAAUCCCAAGAAAAAAAAAAGAAUCCGAUUAAUAAUAGAUGUCCAUUACAUUUAGAUAUAAAUGUAGAUGUGAAAUAUAUUACGCUAAAUACGAUUGACAUAGAUGAGACGAUAAAUAAGGGUGUGUGUCCUUAUAAAGAUAUGGAAGAUAAUUAUAUAUCGAGUGAAGAACAUAUAAAGGAUAUAAUUAUAUAUAGUGAUAUACUAAAAACAGAAAAGGAAACAUUUUUAUAUAAUCCAAAUGAUAUCGAAAAGUAUGAUAAUAAUGAUGAUAGUAAUAAUAAUGUUAGGAAAAUCCCCGAUACUAUUAUACAUUUUAAAUCGUCUAACGAAAUAAAAAAUGAUAUUAUAAAAUUAGUAGGUAUAUCCAUAUUUGAUUGUAUACAUAAAUCAUAUGAACCUACCAAAUCUUUAAUAAAUGAUGAGAAUCUUGAAAUAUGGUUUACGAAAAGAGAAAAAAAUAAAAAUGAUGAUAUGAUAAAUAACAUGAGGGGGAAUAUAGUACAACUAAAUUAUGGACAAGAUAAAGAAUUAGUUUUUGAAAAAAAGAAAAAAAAAAAAAAAAAAAAUAUAAUUAAUAAAAGGAUAAGUAGUAUGGGAUAUUUUAGUCAGGCAGUUGUUAUUAUGUUAUGUUCAUUAAAAAGACAAAAUGAAUAUAAAAGUUUAAAAAAAAUUAUAGCUUCUAUAAUAUUAUGUACAUGUGAUUCUUCGUGUUUAGAAAAAUUUCUGCAUACUAUCCCAGAUGAAAAUAGUAAAAAUUAUACAUUAUGGAAAGAAACAUUAAAUAAAUUAACAAGUUACUUUGGACCGAAUAAAUGUGAUGAAAUAGUUGAGAGGUUGAUGAUAAUUGAGGAGGAUGAGUAUAUGAAUAAAAGCAAAAAGGAGUGUAGAGAAAAAAAUGAUUAUUAUGAAGGUGAUAAUAUAAAAAGUAAUAAAAAUAUAUAUAAUAUAUAUAAUAAUAAUGAUGAAAAGGAUAUAAUAAAACAUUGCAAGCUUGAUAAUGAUAUGGAAUUCUUUGAUGAUCAUAUGAAUAAUUUAUCUUUCCCCUUUGAAUGUAAUGAAGAACAUAAUAAAAAAUAUAAUGAUAUCCAAGAAGAAGAUGACGAAAUUUAUGAAGAUGAGCAAUUUUGCUUAUUUAUAUGUAGAAUAAAAAAUGUACAUAAAAGAUUUGGUUAUUUAUUAUUAAUAGAUAAUUUUGAUUUUGUUUAUGAAGAUCUUUUAAAAAAUAUAAGAAAUAAAUUAAGUAGUAUUGAAUUAAUAUUAACUAAACAUAUAUUAUUAAAACAAUUAUUUUGUAAUAUAUUAUAUAUAUGUAAUUGGUUAAACAAACCUAGAAAAUAUGAAUGGUUUGAAUGGAAUAUGGUAGUAAAGAAAUUAAGAAAAUUAUAUGGUUAUUCAGAAAAUGGGAGAAUUUCAAAAGAAAGAUGUAUUAUGUUAAUUCUUGCUAAACAUACAGGAGAAAUAUUUACUAAUAAAGAAUUAUAUUUUUUAAAAAAAAUUAGUACAUUUUAUAUAAAAGAUUUAUAUGAUAAAUGUAUAGAUUUUAUUAAUACUUAUUUAGAAAUAAAAAAUGAUAUCGAUACAGAAGAAUUUUUAGAUUCAUGUUGUAUUCAUAAUUUGAAAAAUGAAAUAAAAGAUAAUAAUACAUCAUAUAAUCAUUCAUCUAAAUAUUUUUUACAUGAUAAAUUUUUAGGAAUUGUAAAAAAAUUUGUACAAAAAAAUUAUCCUAAAAUUCUAUAUAUAAUAUGGAAUAUAGUACUUUUAAUUAAACAAUAUCUAGUUAUUAUAUUAUGGUUUAAUGACAUCAAACCUUUUUUCCCUCUUUUUAAUUACCCAAAUGAUGAUAAUAAACAAAAUAAAUUCUUACAAGAUUUUUUUGUGAAUUUCGUUCAUUUUUUUGAGAACUAUAAUAAGUACAUAGACAUUUUAAAAAAGGAAAAUCUAAAUGAAAAAAUAAAAAAUACAUCCAAUGAUAUCUUCUGUGAUACAUCAAAUAUAAAUAUCAAUAUACCAUCCUCAGAAAAUGAACAUAACACCUUAACAAAUAAUUAUGAUAUAUACACAAAUAAUAGAUUAUCACACCAAUCUACAUAUAAUGCUGAAACAAAAAAAAGAAAAUCUUUAACAAAUACAAUUGACUAUGCAUGUUUAUUAAAAAGAAAAAGUGCAGAACAUAAAGAAACUAUGGAAAUUUCUAAACCUUCAAAUGCUGGAAAUUUUUCGGACGUAGAAUUUGAACCUUCCGAUUAA